AUGGCGACACAAGACCCACAGCUGCAAGCGAACAUGCUGCCUCCCGCUCAAGCAUCAGCCUCGUCGGGCAAGCCUCAGAAGCCUAGGCAUCGUGCUUCUGUGGCAUGUGCAUCGUGCCGUGAUCGGAGGACUAGGUGUGUGAUUUUGGCAGGACAGAACCAGUGCACUCAGUGCAAGAGCAAUGGCCACGAAUGCGUCAUCAAGUACGACGAUGAACGUCGGAAACCAAAUUCGAAAUCCUACAUCAGUUCUCUGACAGACAGGAUCACGCACUUGGAGAGUCUUCUCCGUGAGAAGGACCAUGGAGAAGAACAGUCGCAGCCACUUCAAGAAGGUGACCAGCAAUAUAGCAACAGCGAUGUUGGAAUCAGCGCCACACCAACCCGACAAACGACACUGGAGCCUGCACGUUCUCUCCAGCCUGAAUCUUCCAUCAUUCACAGACCCGGUAUUCCUCAUCCGGACUCGGAAAUCGAUGCUGUCUCUCCGCAAAGCUCGAGUUCGCUCGGGAGUUCCAGCAUGGUCAGCAAAUUAUUGUCGACUACUGGACAUCUAAGCUUCGAUCAGCUCAGCGGGCGCCUUCGCUAUUUCGGUCCUGUUGCCAACUGCCACAUCCAUUCCGAGCUCAAAGCUCAGAGCGAGGAUGCCAACCGUCAAGCGUUGGAGCAACAGCGGCGAGCAGAGAAAGCUAUCCGUUCCAUCUCUUUCGAUACUCAUGAUUACCUGAUGAGUCUUUUCUGGGAUCACUACAACUCUGUCCUUCAUGUUAUCCAUCAAGCCGCCUUCGAAGAAGAGAUGGAAAGCGGUGCCAGACGUUUUUAUUCUGGCUUCCUACAUGUUUGCGUCCUUGCCAUGGGUUAUCGGUUUGCGGACAAAAAGAGACCCGACAUGAUACGAAUAUCUUUGCCGGACAAGGAGAAUACCCUGCAUAGGGAAGCCAAGUAUAUGCUUGAGUAUGAGAUAGAACAGCCUGGUGGUAUUCCUAGCAUUGUUGCUCUACUACUACUGGGAGACUUGGAAGCAGGCGUCGGCAGAGAUAAUCUUGGAUGGCUGUAUGCAGGCAUGGCUAACAGAUUAUGUUUCGAGAUCGGCCUUCACCUCGACACAACAAAUACAGGCGCUAGUCAAAGAGAGAUCGAGAUUGGGCGCAUGACUCUCUGGGCAUGUAUUGUCUAUGACAAAUACUGGGCACUAUUCCUCGGCCGUCCAACUAUGAUGAAGCCUGCGGAUCUGGAGGUCUACAAGCUCAGUGUAGAGUUUGAGCGACUUGGAACUAACCUCCCUGCCGGGCCAUCGAAGAGUCGAGAGACACAGAUAUACGAAGCGUUACUGGACCUAAUGGAACUCGCUGGCAAAAUCACAGAGAUCAUGGACCAGGCUUCGAAACUCAACACCAAUAUCGACCAUCAUGUCUACUUUCGCAUGUCGGCGUUGCAUCGCGAACUAGAAUCUUGGUACUCUCGUCUCCCAAAGACUCUCCAAUGGAGUGCCGAUAACAUCGCAACCUCUCCUUUCUCCUUUUUCUUGUUGCACCAGCAGUAUAGUGCCACUAUGAUACUUCUACACCGGCCAUUUGCUCGUUACGAUGACCCAAACGCUGCACAGUCUGGCUCGGGUGAAAGCAGCGAGGACGACUCCGACACAGGCAAGAUAGUCAAUCCUACCCAUCAUUUUUCAGCCCUCUCGCGCACAGUUUGCACACAGCAUGCUGUUCGAAUUGCGAGGAUCUUUUGGCAGCAUCGACAAAGAUUUGAUACCAAGCAAAUCUUCGUCACAGGCCUUCAACACGCUGGGACCGCAGCUACCGCACUCGUUGCCGCCCUUGCUUUCAUGAAAGACCGGUCCACAAGAAACAAUAAUAUGCAAUAUCUUGAGUGUCUGGCAGCAGCCUUGCAGGACAUGUCGCAGACAUAUGUGCCAGCAGAAAAGAUGUCUAAUGUUCUCGAAGCGGUUAACAUUGAGCUUCGAGAUGCGGUACCUGAACGACGUACGGUCCCAGCUCGGAGACGCAGCUCACAUCACGAUAUUCAGGAGCAAGGCUCAUUCAAACGACACUUGUCUUUCCAUCGAAAUCCGCCGCCACAGGUACUCGAGAACGGUGUCCCUCAGCCCAAGCACCACGAACAGGCCUUCAGCCAGCUCAGCGCAAGCCAUCCGCGGUUCAAUGACAUAAAUGAGAUAACCGAUCAAUAUGGUACCGACCAGUAUCAGGAUACAAGCCAAAUGUUCUCGGGUGAUGCUGGGAGAAUGAACGGCCAGCAUAAACCCCCCCCCUACGUGAACGAUUGGCCAACCCUCUCCCAGGACCUUUCUACCUUCGACCACCCCAUGCUUCACCAAGAUCGUUCCUCCUCAACAUCUUCCAACAUAUACCCAGACCAAGUAUCUCAACCCCAGCCCUCCGCUUUCAGCUUGUCCACCAGCAACACAACCUCCUCGUCCAACUUCACCCAAUACCGCUCUUCCAACGCCAAUACGUGGAUGGGCGCAGACACCCCACGCCACGGUUUCUCUCCUUCCCCAGUUGGCAUGCAAACACCUCCCUCCUUCCAAGGUCUGAGUCGACCAGCACAUACCCAAAGACAGCAGAACUCCCACCGCGCCGCUCUCCAUGAAAUCCAAGAUCUUACGUCGACGGACUUCGUCGGCAUCCUCAACGCAGACGAUAAACUCGACUUUGGCAAUCUCGGUAUGCCGAGUGGCAUGAACAUGAGUAAUUUUGGCGUGAACGUGACCGUCAAUCCCAAUUCCAUGGCCAUGCACAGUCACAGUCACGGUGAUAGCGGAGGGAUCAUGAGGGACUUGGAUGGUUACCCGCCUCUACCGACGCCGAAGAGCAGCAAUUCUGGUGACGGGCCAGGGUCGGGAGGAAGUGUGAGGAGUGGUGAGAGUGGAAGUGGGAUUUCCACCGUUGGAAGUGGAGGCGCAGGAAGAGCGCAGAGGGCUGGACAGUCUGCGCAAGGCCAGAAUGGUAGCAUGAAUGAUCCAACAUUUUCGAAGACGGUGGCUGGACUCGCUGAUAUGCUUCGGAGGAGGGCUUGUGAUAGCUGA